AUGUCGUCUCAUUUCACGCCCUCUUCGUUAUCCUCCUGCACAACACAGAACUGCACAUUUGUGGUGCUCGGUGACAAGGAAGUCGACUACGAUUGCAACUUCCGACUCUACCUCAACACGAAGCUGUCUAAUCCGAGGUACGGGCCAAGGGUGUUCGGCGAUGCGAUUGUCAUCAACUGCACCAUCACCGAGGCGGCGCUGGAAGACCAGCUGCUCGGAAUCAUCGUCAGACACGAGCAGAGCAGUUUGGAGGAGAAGAGGCAAAUGCUGGUUCACACAAUCAGCGAGAACAAACAGAUCCUGAAGGAUCUCGAGGAUACUAUGCUCAUGAAUCUCACUCUGAGUACCGGCAACCUUCUGGACAACGAAGAGCUCAUUAAAACCACCGAGAGCACCAAGGUCAAGGCCACGGAGACGACGGAAAAACUUGCCCUCGCGGCAAAGACGUCUGCGGAAGUGGAACAAUUGAGUGACGCUUACCGUCCCGUGGCUACACGCGGCGCUAGUCUCUUCUUCAUCCUCAAUGACAUGUGCCUCGUUAAUCCAAUGUACCAAUUCGCACUGGGCGCCUACCUUGAGUUGUUUGAAUGCGCGCUGCGCAGGAGCAUGCCUGAUACAAAUUUAAACAAACGACUGGCCAACAUUACAGCCACACUGACUGAAGCUGUCUACACUUUCCAAAUAUGCCUGAAAUUGCAAGUGGACGCUGGGAAUGUGAGCCAAAGUGAGGUUGAUUUCUUCAUAAAGGGAGACGUAUCAGUCGACGGUGAAGUCAGCCAAUGUCCGGUCCCCUGGCUCACCAACGUCAACUGGAGGGACAUUGUGCGCCUGGAAGGCCUGCUUGCCGCUCCAUUCAACGGACUGAGCAAGAGUAUUCUUGAUGAUCAGCAGGCAUGGUACAAGUGGUUUUCUGACAGCUCACCAGAGCGUGGUCGGCCGCCAUUUCCGGAGGCCAUGUCGAGCUUCCAAGGACUUUGUCUGAUUCGUUGUAUUCGAGUGGACCGUGUAUGUCGCGCCGUUGAAGGCUUUAUUAGCGAAACCUUGGGUGAACGCUUCUUGACGCUCAACGAGCCGAAUCUGGACUCGAUUUACGAGCAGAGUCAGGCAUCAACUGCCAUACUCUUCAUCCUUAGUCCGGGCUCCGAUCCAACCGAGGGAUUGAAAAAGUUGGCCCAAAACGUUGGUCUCGAUCCAUCUAGUCGGCUGAAGUUCCUGUCUUUGGGCCAGGGCCAGGAGGCGUCUGCAUUGAAGCUGCUCAAAGCUGCCAGUUCACAGGGCUCGUGGGUCGUGCUCCAGAAUUGUCACUUACUGGUCAAGUGGAUGCCGACGUUGGAGAAGGAAAUUGCCGCAGCCGAGAACCUGCAUCCGGACUUUCGUCUGUGGCUCACCACUGAACCGACGCCUGACUUUCCCGUCGGCCUCCUUCAGCACUCCUUCAAAGUGGUCACUGAACCCUUAAGAGGACUUAAAAGGAACGUGCGUGCCACCUUCCAGGACAUCUCCAAGUCCACAUUUGCAGAGUGCGCACAUGCCGCGUUUCCGGUGUUGGCAUUCACCCUUUCAUUUUUCCACGCCGUGGUACAAGAACGACGGCAGUACGGGAAGUUGGGCUGGAACAUCCCCUACGACUUCAGUCAAUCCGAUUUCCACGCUAGCCUGAGGGUGAUCUUAGACCAGCUGGAGUCGUCGCAAAGUAGUCGCGACAUUCCGUGGGGAAGCCUAAGAUUCCUGAUUGAGGAAAUCAUGUACGGUGGACGAGUUAUGGACGCCUUCGAUCGACGUGUCUUGCAUACGUACAUGCGCGAGUAUUUUGGCGACUUUCUUUUCGACAACUCCCAACUAUUCCACUUCUUUGUGAACGAGCACGUGGACUACGGCAUUCCCCGUGACACCACAAGGGAAGGGAUCUUGGGCUACAUUGACACAUUCCCGAUAAACAAUUCACCGGAAGUGUUGGGUUUGCACGCGAACGCGGAGAUCGACUGUUUCGUGACCCAGGCGCACGCUCUGUGGGGUCACCUGCUCAGCCUGCGGCGAGAAGGCAAGGCCACGGUGAGUGGUGAAGCCACAGUCGAGUCAAUGGCGGACGUGGAACAGGUCGCGGACACCCUGCUUCAAGCUCUUCCCGGUGCUUUUGACACCACUGUUGUUAGAGAAGCGUUCAAAGAGAAGAUGACGCCGACGGCUGUUGUGCUCCUGCAGGAACUGGAGCACGUGAAUCGUCUGACCAACCAGAUGCACAGCUCGUUGACAGAGCUGAGGCGAGCUCUGUCUGGCGAAGCGAGUCUCUCCGGUGACCUUGAGGACGUGGUGCAGUGUCUGCGCAACGGUCGAUUGCCCAAUUCCUGGCGACUCCUUUCGCCUCCAACGCGGAAAUCGUUGGCCAACUGGUUCACUCAUUUCCGUCAAAGGAUAGACCAGUAUAAGCUCUGGACGACAUCAGGAGAGCCAGUGGUUAUGUGGCUGUCUGGUCUCCACGUUCCUGAAUCCUACCUAUCAGCCGUAGUUCAGGCGACGUGUCGCAGAAACGGUUGGCCUUUGGACAAGAGCGCAAUCUUCACCAGCGUAACCCAAUUCACCGACCCAAGCACAGUUGAAGACAGGAAUCAGGCGGGGUGUCUGUUGCAGGGCCUCUUUAUCGAAGGAGCUGCGUGGGACUGUCACGCGAGCUGUCUCAAACUCCAGCCGCCACGUCAGCUGAUCGAGUGUUUGCCAGUGUUGAGCGUCCAUGUGACGGAACAGCGACGCGUGAAGCGCUGUUCCACCCUGCGAACCCCCGUCUACGUCACGACAGAACGGUCGACCCCCAACUCCAGCGGUGUGGUGUUUGAAGCCGAUCUGGCUGUUGGUGAUGAACGCGAUGCAAGCCAUUGGAUCCUUCAGGGCGUCUGUCUGUUGUUGAAUGACGACUGA